GAAGUCUGGAUUGGACUGUACAGAGGCACGUACAGCUGGAGGUGGUCACUGUCAGACACAAGUUUCUACAAACACGGGGAGACAGAGUUCAGACGAUGGAGGGCUGGAGAACCAAGCAAUAUUAUCAAUGCAGCACACUGCACAGCGAUGGAUGAGGAUGGACUAUGGAACAGCCUCCUGUGUAGUAACAGCCUUAAGGUCGUCUGCUCAUAUGUCAGAGGGUCGGAUGUGACAUUUAUCCUCAUCACCAAAUCCAUGACAUGGACUGAGGCCCAGAGCCACUGCAGAGUAAACUACACAGACCUGACCAGUGUGAGGAACAUGACAGAGAACCAGAAGGUACAGGAGCUGAUACCUGCAGGAGAACGUGUCUGGAUCGGCCUCUUCAGAGACUCCUGGAAGUGGUCGGAUGGAAGUAGCUCCUCAUUUAGGCACUGGGUACCAGGGCAACCUGAUGGAGGGAAUCAGCUUUGUGUGGCUGCAGACUUUUACUACUCCGGACAAUGGCGUAACUUGCCCUGUGCCAUCAGGAGAGCGUUCAUUUGCUACAGCACACCUACGACAAAACAAGUGUUCAGACUGAAGUUUCACACACAGGACUCCUCUCUGGAUCCGAAUGACCCUGCUGUGAUGGAGGACACCUUGAAGAAGCUCAAACAGAAGCUGAAGGACCAGGGGCUGGGUGACAACAUCAAACUGAGCUGGAGGAAGCAGCCAGAUGGAAAAGUCUUCCACAAGGAAGAGAAGAAGAAGAAGAAGAAGACCAAAAAGGAUGAGCUUUAAGGC